UUUAACUGUCAUUUUGCAGUCGAGAAAAUUGCGAUUUUUAUUGUGUUGAUGAUCGACGAUAAAUAUUUUAUUUAUAUUGUCUGAUGUUUUUACGAAAUAAAAUUUACUGUGAUUGACGAUUACUCUGUCUACUAACUUUGUAGUGAGCGUUUGUGCUUAGUGCAUGAAAAAUGGCACAAUUCAACUACUUGAACGAUUUGAAAAGUUUGGCUACAAUAGAUGGCCCGAUAACUCGUGGCCCUCUUCAGCGAUGGGUGAAGAAGACCAACAAUGAGAAUCACAAUCCAUCGCUAAGCGCAUCAUUCAAAAAUAUAUCGAAUAUCAACCUCAGUACAUGCAACCAGUCGAUGCAAAAGUUGUCGAUAUCCGCCAACCAAAGUUGUAACAAUAGUGUACUCUCCAGUAAUAAAACUCCAACACGAAAUGAAAACAAAAAAGGAAAGAAAACACCCUCUAAGACAAAGAGCCCAGGUCGCUCCACCACUCCCACACCAAACAAAGCCUCCAAGACCCCUAACAAAGCUGACCGAUUCAUUCCAUCCCGAAGUAACUCCAACUAUGAUUUGUGCCACUAUAUGAUGAGCCGCGAAGAAGACAAAGGGGAAGAGGUAGUAGCGCAGACGGCUGCCGGUGAAGCCAUCGGUAGGGCUCUCACUGACACAGAGCCGGGGAGACUCCUGCAGUAUACCUGUAAGGCCCCUGCCGCUCCGGAGGGCUACCAGAACAGACUAAGAGUAGUGUAUUCACAGGCUAAAGUUCCAUCAUCAGUGAAAAACACAACAAGAUACAUACCUCAAGCUCCUGACAGGAUUUUGGAUGCACCGGACAUUUUGGACGAUUAUUAUCUAAAUCUAGUAGAUUGGAGUGCGUCCAACAUUCUAGCAGUAGCUCUAGGAAGCUCAGUGUACUUAUGGAACGCUGGAACGGGGCAAAUUGAGCAACUCCUCACUCUAGAAGGCUCUGAAACCGUCUGCUCUGUGGGCUGGGUUCAAGGUGGUGGCUCCCAUCUUGCUGUGGGAACCUCGUCUGCCACUGUCGAGUUGUGGGAUUGUGAGAGGAUCAAAAGAUUGAGGANUAUCAACCUCAGUACAUGCAACCAGUCGAUGCAAAAGUUGUCGAUAUCCGCCAACCAAAGUUGUAACAAUAGUGUACUCUCCAGUAAUAAAACUCCAACACGAAAUGAAAACAAAAAAGGAAAGAAAACACCCUCUAAGACAAAGAGCCCAGGUCGCUCCACCACUCCCACACCAAACAAAGCCUCCAAGACCCCUAACAAAGCUGACCGAUUCAUUCCAUCCCGAAGUAACUCCAACUAUGAUUUGUGCCACUAUAUGAUGAGCCGCGAAGAAGACAAAGGGGAAGAGGUAGUAGCGCAGACGGCUGCCGGUGAAGCCAUCGGUAGGGCUCUCACUGACACAGAGCCGGGGAGACUCCUGCAGUAUACCUGUAAGGCCCCUGCCGCUCCGGAGGGCUACCAGAACAGACUAAGAGUAGUGUAUUCACAGGCUAAAGUUCCAUCAUCAGUGAAAAAUACAACAAGAUACAUACCUCAAGCUCCUGACAGGAUUUUGGAUGCACCGGACAUUUUGGACGAUUAUUAUCUAAAUCUAGUAGAUUGGAGUGCGUCCAACAUUCUAGCAGUAGCUCUAGGAAGCUCAGUGUACUUAUGGAACGCUGGAACGGGGCAAAUUGAGCAACUCCUCACUCUAGAAGGCUCUGAAACCGUCUGCUCUGUGGGCUGGGUUCAAGGUGGUGGCUCCCAUCUUGCUGUGGGAACCUCGUCUGCCACUGUCGAGUUGUGGGAUUGUGAGAGGAUCAAAAGAUUGAGGGUAAUGGACGGGCACACGGGGCGCGUGGGCUCGCUGGCUUGGAACAUGUACAUCGUGUCGUCGGGCGCGCGCGACGGGAACAUCGUGCACCACGACGUGCGACAGCGCGACCACGCCGUCGCCACGCUCGCCGCGCACUCGCAAGAGAUUUGCGGCUUGAAAUGGUCGCCUGACGGUCGAUAUCUGGCAUCUGGUGGAAAUGAUAACCUGCUUAACAUCUGGCCAAUAGUCCAAGGGCAGCACUAUUCCCAGCCACAGUACCUGUACUCUUUCAACCAGCACCUGGCGGCCGUGAAGGGCCUAGCCUGGUGUCCGUGGAGCGCGGGCGUGCUGGCUUCGGGCGGCGGCACGGCGGACCGCACCAUCCGCAUCUGGAACGUCAACACCGGCGCCAACCUCAACACCGUCGACACCAAAUCGCAGGUGUGCUCAAUAGUCUGGAGCACGCACUACAAGGAACUAAUCUCGGGCCACGGCUACGCGAACAACCAACUCGUCAUCUGGAAGUACCCGCUUAUGUCUCGAGUGGCCGAGCUCACCGGCCAUAUGGCGCGCGUACUACACUUAGCACUGUCGCCUGAUGGUACUACAGUAUUGUCUGCUGGCGCCGACGAGACCUUGCGCCUUUGGAAAUGCUUCAUGUUGGAUCCCGCGAAAAAGAAGGAACCCACCGACUCUAAAGCAGCUAAGUCAUUACUAAAUCUCAAUUCAUUGAUUAGGUAAAACUAAUUGAAUGUCAUUAAUUAAUGCUUGACUGCUAGGUGAACUAGAAUGACUGAAAUAAUAAUGUGAUCUUUACAAUUAUUGUUAGUAAGCUAGUUUUUAACUAACCACUGUUGGUUUUGUCAACAAUUUAGAUAUUUUAUCUAUCAAUGUCUAUUGUUGUAUGUUUUUCAAAUCUCUGUGAUUAAUCUAAAACUUAAUUCUAUGUAAUCAUGACAUCAUAUUAAUUUCGGUUCUAUUCAAUUUGACGCUGUUUUGAUAAAGUGUAGAUUUACGUGACGCGCGGUAUUUGGGAAGAUAUUUAGAUCAUCUUAUGUUUUAGACGAGCGUGAGAAGUUGAGGUUGUAAAAUGUGGAUCGCGACGUUUAGUUUCUUUUCUCGAGUCCGGCUUUUUCUGACUUUCGUGUUUCGUUUUCUUCUUAUCUUUGAUUACCUUUAGCUUAUUUAUUUGACAACAUUUCAUCACCUCGGCUUCUUUGUUUUAAGUACUU